AUGCCGCCGCGUGAGAAGGACGUGUACUUUGCCACUCGGCUCCUUGUGGGCUGUGCUGACUUGCGGUGUCUGACGGCUGACGAGCAGUGUUCUGAGGCCAAGCUUGCCGAGCAGGCAGAGCGCUACGACGAGAUGGCCGAUCACAUGAAGAAUGUGGGCAAUGCAGACAGCGAGCUUUCCGUGGAGGAGCGCAACUUGCUGUCUGUGGCCUACAAGAACACUGUGGGCUCUCGCCGUGCUGCGUGGCGCAUCAUCACGAGCGUCAUGCAGAAGCUGGGGAAGGAGACGACCAAGGGCAACACGGAGAAUGCCGCCUAUGCAAAGGAGUACUGCAAGAAGGUUGAGGACGAGUUGCAGUCUAUCUGCGACACGAUCCUCGCACUUCUGGACGGCAAGCUGAUCGCAAAGGCCAGCAGCGGUGAGUCCAAGGUAUUCUACCAGAAGAUGAAGGCUGACUACUACCGCUACAUCGCAGAGUUCCGUGAUGGUGAUGCCAAGAGCAGUGCAGCUGAGAAGGCCCGCCAGGCCUACCAAGAGGCAGAGGACGUUGCCAAGAAAGAUCUGGCCGUGACGCAUCCCAUCCGCCUUGGCCUGGCCUUGAACUACUCGGUGUUCAUGUACGAGGUGUUGGGCAAUCCCGACGAUGCCUGCAAGAUGGCGCGCACCGCUUUCGAGGAUGCCAUUGCCGAGCUGGACAACGUGGCAGAGGACUCUUACAAGGACUCGACCCUGAUCAUGCAGCUUCUGAGGGACAACCUGACGCUGUGGACCUCCGACCAGGAGGGAGGACAGGCCUAA